AGCUCAAUGAAUGAAGAAUUCCUGAAGAAAUGGCAAAUGGGUCUUCAGAUAUUCAGUCCUUCGAUAGACAACACGAGCGUUUCCGAGAGAAAGAGAGCAAUAAAGCUCUCUGCAGACGUUGCAAUGGCGUCUCUAAGAAAAGGCACAACUUGUUGGAGCCGAGCCCUAAUCCAGAAAACCGCCACUGAGGACAAUUUCCUCGUACGUCAAAUGCUCUCUGGCAUAAAAGAGGAACCGUUAAUCAACAAGAAGUUGCCUAAGGUUAUGUGUCACAGAAAGAUUGUGAGAAGAAGCAAGAAGAUCUUGAUGAGGAGGAAAUCGAGAUCAGCGAUGGAAGAGGUCGCAGCAAAAAAGCUCGUUAAGAAAAAGACUCAGGGGUUAAGAAACGUUGUCCCUGGUGGAGAGUUUAUGAGCAGUAACGUUUUGUUGAUACAAGAAACGUUAGAUUACAUCAUCUCACUUCAGACACAAGUGAAUGUGAUGAAGAGUAUUGUUGAUGCUGCUGAGGCUGGAAUUGAACGGUAA